UCCCACAAACCCGAUUCCCCCUUCUAAACUUAUCCAGGAAAAUCCCAUCCCAAAAUCCCCAGUUCUUCCCCAACACUCCCGGAGCUUCGUCCUCAUCGGCUCUCACUCUGCAGUAUGGGUUUACAGUCCCGGAAUAGUAAUGAUCGGCUGAGAACGGUUUGGACGCCCGAAAUGGAUCGGUAUUUCAUAGACCUUAUGUUAGAACAAGUUAAUAAAGGGAACAAAUUUGAUGAUCAUUUGUUCAGCAAGCGAGCAUGGAAAAGCAUGAUCUCACUGUUCAAUGCAAAAUUCAAGUUUGACUAUGAAAAGGAUGUUUUGAAGAAUCGACAUAAAACGCUAAGGAAUCUGUACAAAGCUGUGAAGAAUCUCCUUGAACAGAGGGGUUUCAGCUGGGACGAUGUGCGACAAAUGGUGACUGCUGAUAAUAAUGUCUGGGAUGAAUAUGUCAAGGCGCACGCCGAUGCACGAUCUUUUAGAAUAAAGAGCAUCCCGUAUUACAGUGAUCUUUGUAUAAUAUAUGGUAAUGCAACCGUUGAAGAAAAAGGGAUUUAUUUACAGGAGUCGUCUUCGGGUGAGAACGAGAUGAUAUAUACAAAGCCAUUGGGGACUGUUGGCGAGGGAGAUGUUGAAGCUCUUCUUGAAGACUAUAAAAUCUCCAUGCCUGGAAAUGUUAUUGAUGAGAUACCACAACAUACUUCAAGCGUAUCAACGACCACUGCCAUUUGUCGUUCCCGAACUUAUUGGCAGCCUCCGAUGGACCGGUACUUCAUAGAUCUUAUGCUGGAGCAAGUGCAGAAAGGCAAUCAAAUAGACGGGAUUUUUCGCAAACAAUCAUGGGCUGAGAUGAUUGCAUCAUUCAAUGCUAAAUUUGGUUUCAAUUAUGACGUGGAUGUCUUGAAGAAUAGGUACAAAACUCUGAAGAGGCAGUACAAUGUUAUAAAGAAUCUACUAGAUUUGGACGGGUUUCUCUGGGACGAGACUCGUCAAAUGAUUACCGCUGAUGAUUACAUUUGGCAAGACUAUAUCAAGGCACAUACCGACGCUCGACAGUUCAUGACACGGCCGGUGCCUUACUACAAAGACCUAUGCGUGAUCUGCGAUCCUAGUUUCGACGAAAGAGAUUGUUUGUCAGGUCAAGGAAUAGAGCAGCACAACAAUGCGGAGGAAGGAAGACUCUUGAUAGGUUUCGAGUCUCCUGUUGCAUCAGUUUCAAGCGAAGAACAAACGAGCAUAAAGGAAUCAGCACAUCUGGGUCCGAAUCACAAGCGCAGAUUAGAAAGCACGUCGAGUUUUGACCAUAACAAGAAGCUUAGAGGUGAAGAUGAAGGCAUGGCCAGUGCCCUCCGGGAGAUGGCAAGCGUUGUUUCUUCUUUGUCAGAGAAGAAGAAGAAUGACGAUAACUCGGGUUCGAUACCGAUCGAAACAGUGAUUGAAGCGGUUCAAGCAUUGCCAGACAUGGAUGAAGACUUGGUAUUAGAUGCCUGUGAUCUCCUAGAGGAUGAAAACAAGGCCAAAACGUUUAUUGCAUUAGAUGUCAAAUUACGGCGAAAAUGGCUGAUAAGAAAACUUCAGCCGCAGGGCUAGGUUCUUUUGGUCCCCUUUUCUUUUCAUAGUUAGCUAGCUCAAUGUCAAUUUUUUUAGUAUAUAGUGAGGAUUUUAUACAGGAAAUUUUGGGAUGUAACGCAAUAAUGAAAUAUACGAUCGUGAAAUACAUUGAUCAAUUUCGAUUUUCC